UCUUAGGUUUUUUACUUUUGCUUUUACUUUUUAUUAUGGGCAUUUUCAUACUGCCUGUAAAGACUGAGGUAACUAUUUAAGUACCCAUCUUCUAACUUUAACUAUUUUCACCACUUGGCCAAUGUUGCCUUAUCUAUGACCCCAACUCCCCCACCCUAUUUACUAAAAGCAAAUCCAAAGCAUUUUCUUGAUUCAUCAGUCAGUUUUUCACCACUCCAUUCUUUUUCUCCCCUGAUUUCCUUUCUUAUCCCCAUUCCAACCUAUCUUUUUAUUUUUACUUCCAGCACUGCAGUUCUGAUCUAACUUUGCCAGGACACAGAUCCAUAGGGUCAGCCCUGCAUCCUGAGCAGCUCAGAGGGAGGAGCCAGACCAGCGGUGCCUCACACCUUGUCCUCUUCUGCUCUGGACAGAUGGCUCCAUAAUGACAGCUUCGUAAUGUUAGUAGAUGGGACCCUGCUGCACAUCAGGGUCACUCUUCUGCUGCUCUUGCUUGGGGUGUGUUUGUCCAUUUCUGGCUAUUUUCAGGCUGGGCCCUCUCAGCAUCUCACUUCCCCAGAAGUGGUGACCCCCUUGAAGUUGAUCAGCAGGGGCAGAGGUGCAAAGGCUCCUGGAUGGUUGUCCUACAGCCUGCGGUUUGGGGGCCAGAGACAUGUUGUUCAUAUGAGGGUCAAGAAGCUCUUGGUUUCUAGACACCUUCCAGUGUUCACCUACACAGAGCAGCAUGACCUCCUGGAGGAUCAGCCCUUCAUCCCAGAUGACUGUUACUAUCAUGGUUUUGUGGAGGGGGCCCCUGAAUCGUUGGUUGUUUUCAGUGCUUGUUUUGGGGGCUUGUGAGGAGUGUUACAAAUAAAUGGUCUCACUUAUGAAAUUGAACCCGUCAGGCACUCUGCCACAUUUGAACACCUGAUUUAUAAGAUAAACAGUAAUGAGACACAAUUCCCAGCUAUGAGAUGUGGCUUAACAGAGAAGGAAGUAGCACGCCAACAGUUGGAAUCUGAAGAGGCUGAGAACUCAGCUCUGGAACCAAAUUCUGCUGGUGACUGGUGGACCCAUGCGUGGUUUCUGGAGCUGGUUGUUGUGGUGAACCAUGAUUUCUUCAUUUACUCUCAAAGCAACAUCUCAAAGGUGCAAGAGGAUGUAUUUCUUGUUGUCAACAUAGUGGAUUCCAUGUAUAAGCAAUUAGGUACUUACAUACUUUUGAUUGGAAUUAAAAUUUGGAAUCAAGGAAAUGUUUUCCCAAUGGCAAGCAUAGAACAGGUCCUGAACGAUUUUGCCCAAUGGAAACACGUCAGUCUUUCCCAGCUACAGCAUGAUGCUGCACAUAUGUUCAUAAAAAAUUCACUUAUAAGUAUACUUGGUCUAGCCUACGUUGCAGGAAUAUGUCGUCCACCUAUUGAUUGUGGAGUUGAUAAUUUUCAAGGCGAUACAUGGUCUCUUUUUGCCAACACUGUGGCCCAUGAGUUAGGUCAUACUUUGGGUAUGCAGCAUGAUGAAGAAUUCUGUUUUUGUGGGGAAAGAGGCUGCAUCAUGAGUACUUUCAGAGUGCCAGCAGAGAAAUUCACCAAUUGCAGUUAUGCUGAUUUUAUGAAGACCGCUUUGAACCAGGGAUCAUGUCUGCAUGAUCCUCCCAGAUUGGGGGAAAUCUUUAUGCUAAAGCGUUGCGGGAAUGGUGUGGUUGAAAGAGAAGAGCAGUGUGACUGUGGAUCUGUACAGCAAUGUGAACAAGAUGCCUGCUGUCUGUUGAACUGCACUCUGAGGCCUGGGGCUGCCUGUGCUUUUGGGCUUUGUUGCAAAGACUGCAAGUUCAUGCCAUCAGGGGAACUCUGUAGACAAAAGGUCAAUGAAUGUGACCUUCCAGAAUGGUGCAAUGGAUCAUCCCAUCAGUGUCCAGAGGAUAGAUAUGUGCAGGACGGAGUCCCCUGUAGUGACAGUGCCUACUGCUAUCAAAAGAGAUGUAAUAACCAUGACCAGCAUUGCAGGGAGAUUUUUGGUAAAGAUGCAAAAAGUGCAUCUGAGAAUUGCUAUAAAGAAAUCAACUCUCAGGGCAACCGUUUUGGUCACUGUGGUAUAAAUGGCACAACAUACCUAAAAUGUCAUAUCUCUGAUGUCUUUUGUGGGAGAGUUCAAUGUGAGAACGUGAGAGACAUUCCUCUUCUCCAAGAUCAUUUUAUUCUGCAGCAUGCUCAUAUCAAUGGUGUCACCUGCUGGGGUGUUGACUAUCAUUUAAGGAUGAACACACCUGACAUUGGUGAAGUGAAAGAUGGUACAGUGUGUGGCCCAGGGAAGAUCUGCAUCCACAAGAAGUGUCAGUCUAUCUGUCUUGUCACACGUCUGCCUUCCUGAGACGUGCAAUAUGAAGGGGAUCUGCAAUAACAAACAUCACUGCCACUGUGGCUAUGGGUGGUCCCCGCCCUACUGCCUGCACAGAGGCUAUGGGGGUAGUGUCGACAGUGGCCCAGCAUCUGCAAAGAGAAGAGUUUUCUUGACAGUGAUUAUGAUUCCUUCUUUGUCUGUUUUUAUUUUCCUGUUUACUGUUGGGCUUCUUAUGUAUCUACGACAACGUUCUGGUCCCAAGGAGACUAAGGCUGAUUCAUCAGGUUAAGAUAAUGUCUCUAAUUUAAUAUUCCAUGCAUUAUUACACUUCAGUCUCUUGGCAGUAGAAAUGUUAGUACAUCCCUGAAAGUGAGCACAUUUCUGACCAUUCCCAGAAAGCUGCAAAGAUCUUCCCUUACGUCAGUACCACAAACAUUGUCAUUACGUGCAGGUGAUUCUUUACAUGUUUCUAUCUAUUGUUCAUUGUUUUAAGCAGCAAAUAAAGGUACAUCCUUGUUAUGUUUA